GAUAAACAAACCCUAUCGCCCGUUUCAUCAUUCAACACUCACACCGCUUCGUAUGUGUCGCCCAUUUUCCAUAUAUUUUCCCAGUCAAAAUCCCUUCUGAGUCGGAGAAGCAUGGCCCUACAACAAUGGGAUGCCUGGAAAGAAUCAAUCAUAGAAUCCACGGGUCUAUCUCCUGCAACUAUUUUCACUAUUGUUGCUUUAGCUGUUGCUUUCUACUAUGCUAUCUCGGGGUUUUUCCCCUCAUCUGAUCAUGGUCACCACCAAAGGUCUAGAGACUUCGAGGAACAGACACAGGCUUUGCCUCCUCCUGUUCAACUUGGAGAAGUCACUGAAGAGGAGUUGAAGGAAUAUGAUGGGUCUGAUCCCAAAAAACCUUUGUUGAUGGCUAUUAAGGGUCAGAUCUAUGAUGUUUCUCAGAGCAGAAUGUUCUAUGGACCUGGGGGACCUUAUGCAUUGUUUGCUGGAAAGGAUGCUAGUAGAGCUCUUGCCAAGCUGUCCUUUGAGGAAAAAGAUCUCACAGGGGAUAUUUCUGGCCUUGGUGCAUUUGAGCUUGAUGCCUUGCAAGAUUGGGAGUACAAAUUCAUGAGCAAAUACGUCAAAGUUGGGACUGUGAAGCAGGCAGUGCCAGUAAAUGAUAGGGAAGCUAAUGACGGAUCUGUUGAAGCAACUGAUGGUGAAGCUAAGCCAGCUGAGGGUGAUGCUUCAGGGAGUCCCAAGCUAUUGGAAGAUGAUGGUCCAUCUAAAGGUUCUGAGGCUCGUGCUGAUGCCCCUUCAGAGACUGUGGCUGCUGAAUCUGCGGUCAAAUCUGAGGCUGAUGUCGACAAGAAAGACUAAUUGGGACAAUUUAGUUCAAGUGACAAGUUGAGAAGUGAGAACCACAGGGAACUGCUUUGUGGAGAUCUGAAAUACAUAGCAUCUUGUCUCAAGAUAUAGUCUAAAUUUCUAUACUGUUAUAUGAAAUAAUGAACAAAGCACAUUUCACUUCCUGUGUCUUAAUAGUCUAUAGAGGUGUUCUUUACUGAGGUAAUGCAUGCUUGAUUUGGCUGGAAAGAAGCCCCUUUAUCUUGUCUAAA